AUGGCAGAGGUCGGCGGAUUUCUUGGGACUAUCGAUUUGGAUUUACAAAGCUUUCCUGCUUUCGGAAAUAUGCCAUCAGUGGACUCGCCUGCAGGUUUAAAUGAACGACUGGGACUGAUUGAAGGCAGAUUACAGCGGGGCUCUUUGACGGAUUUUGACCAUCUCAAAGGAAUUCUACGGCGACGACAGUUGUACUGUCGAACGGGCUUCCAGCUGGAGAUAUUUCCAAACGGAACAGUACACGGGACAAGACAGGAUCACAGCAGAUUUGGUAUCCUGGAAUUCAUCAGUCUGGCCGUGGGGCUGGUCAGCAUUAGAGGGGUGGAUGCUGGCCUUUACCUGGGAAUGAAUGAAAAGGGGGAACUCUAUGGGUCGAAGAAAUUGACAGCAGAGUGUGUGUUUCGUGAGCAGUUUGAGGAGAACUGGUACAACACCUAUGCAUCCACCUUGUACAAGCACCCAGACACCGGAAGGUACUACUAUGUGGCACUGAACAAGGAUGGUUCACCUCGAGAAGGCGGCAGGACUAAAAAGCACCAGAAGUUGACUCACUUCCUGCCCAGGCAUGUGGAGAUCGAGAAGAUCCCCCAGGCUUACAGGGACUUGUUCCAGCACAGGUGA